CAGAACGCUAGCGGCGGCCAUGGCGGCGAGUGAGUGGACGUCGGGCCUCAUCAUGGUGGCGGUCGACGUGGUUUUCGCCGUCAUGAACACUCUGAUCAAGGAAGCCACUGAGCGCGGCCUCGACCGCGCCGUACUCAUCACCCUCCGCCAACUCGUCGCCGCCCUCUUCAUGGCCCCCGUCGCCUUCUUCCACGACAGGAAGACGAGGCCGAAGCUAACCUUGGAGAUCUGUGUUUACCUCUUCUUCAGCGCAUUGCUCGGGGCGUCGUUGACGCAGUACCUGUUCUACUUGGGAAUGGAGUACACUUCUGCUGCGUUCGCCUGCGCUUUCCUCAACCUCACUCCCGCCUUCACCUUCCUCAUCUCGCUGCCGCUAAGAUUAGAAUCCCUCGACUGGAAGACCAAACCAGGGCUGGCCAAGGCCCUGGGCGUUGUCCUCUGCUUCCUCGGCGUCACCGUGCUCACCUUUUACCAGGGGCCUGUGCUGCAACUCAGUCAUGCAUUACUUCGAACAUGUUGGAAAAAUUUGAAUGGAAAUAUGACGUGUGGGUUUCAGUCCCACAAAGAAAGUGACACCUUCCGGCUGAUUCGGAACAAAGGGGAUGAAAAUCCAGGGCCCGCAUACGAGACAAGGAAGGUCGCUAGCUUACCUGCACGCCACGUGGCAAGCUUGCCUGCUCGCCACGUGACAAGCUUGCAAGCAAGCCACAACACGUGGCAAGCUUGCAAGCAAGCCACAGCAUGCAUGCAGCACCACGGAGGGGCCGAAUCUGUUUUAAGGAGACAGCGCUCUGCUGGACUCGGCAUCCACUCUGAGUUCGUGUUGCAGCUCUCGACAUCCUGUCAGCAACUCUCAACAGGAACGUGGCGCCGCUCGACAACUAACGGUGUCCACGACUCAUCUACUCGAACACCCAGAGGGAGACCCGAAAGGGAGAGCUACUCGCCGUCAGGGAAAUGGCUGAGGGGAUCGGCGGCGCUGCUCGGCGGCAGCUUCUGCUGGUCGUCGUGGUUCCCGCUGCAGGCCAAAGUGGGGAAGAAGUACCCGGCGAUCUACACCUCCACCGCAGUCAUAUUCUUCCUCGGGUUUCUUCAGGCGGCGACCGUGAGCUUGGUCACCAGCAGAGGGAGGAUCUCCGCGUGGCUUCUCGAGGAUAAGUUGGAGAUCGGCACCGUCUUCUUCGCUGGUGCUUUGGGCUCUGGUGUCGGCUUCUUGGCCAUGUCAUGGUGCGUGGAACAAAGGGGCCCAGUCUUCACUGCAGCGUUCACUCCCCUCGUGCAAAUUAUUGUUGCAGCCAUUCACUUCCUCUUCCUCCACCAACAAAUCUUCCUCGGCAGUGUGUUGGGCUCAAUUUUGGUUAUUCUUGGGCUCUAUUCUCUCUUGUGGGCCAAGCGCAAUGAGGCCCAUUUACUUCAACCAAAGCCCCAACGACCCAUCGAAGCCCAUGAACAGAGCCAACAAGCACAACCACAAGUCUAAUUC